AAAGUCCUCCUCGGGGAGCAACCCAUGCCUCCAUAUUAACUCACCAUUUUCAUUGUUACUCUUCACUUCAUCAUCGCCUUAAUUCUUGUUUUGUUAUGGAGGAGCUGCCAGGGUUCAGAUUCCACCCAACUGAUGAAGAGCUCGUAGGGUUUUAUCUCACUAGGAAGAUUCUCCACAGACCUCUCUCUAUCGAGCUCAUCAAGCAGAUCGACAUCUACAAAUACGACCCAUGGGAUCUUCCUAAGUUAGCUACAAAUGGAGAGAAGGAAUGGUAUUUCUACUGCCCAAGAGACCGCAAGUACAGAAACAGCACACGGCCUAACCGCGUAACGGGCUCCGGUUUCUGGAAGGCCACCGGAACAGACCGCCCCAUCUACUCUUCCCACACCACUAAAUGCAUUGGCUUGAAAAAGUCCCUUGUUUUCUACAAAGGGAAAGCCGCCAAAGGGAUCAAAACUGACUGGAUGAUGCAUGAGUUCCGCCUUCCCUCUCUCUCUCCUUCUUCAACUAUCCCAAUAAAUGAAUCAUGGGCGAUAUGUCGGAUUUUCAAGAAAGCUAACUCCAACACAAGGAGGGCUCUCUCCCUCUCUCAUUCUUGGCCUAAUCCCAUUCUUGACACUACUGAAUCUCAUAUCAUCAACCCUCUUAACAACACCCCAACAAUCUCAUCCUCCCUUCAAUUUGGUUUCUCCAAUGACUUUCAACACUCAUCCUUCUCCCCCCCAUAUUUUAAACCAGAAGAUCACGCGAUUUCUUGCAUUGAAACUACCACACCUGCCUCAAGAUGUCAUGUUGUGAGUGAUGCUACUUCCUUGUUGCUGGACAUGUCAACGUCCAUACUAGGGGGAGAUUUUGGGGCGGAUACCGCGGGUUUGAGUGCCUCCUCGUUCAAUGGCUUCUUAGGAACGCCUGAGGAUUUGCAGAGGAAUCUUGUUGAGGAAGCAGUGAAUAUGGGACAAGUAGAUGAGCAAUGGAUGGAAUUUCCUUAUGGUUUUCCACCGAAUUUGAUGUGGGAUUCAUCGUCUCCCUAUCCGUCUCAUUUAUCCACUACCUAUUCGACUAACAAGUGCUAUACUUGAGCACACACUAAUUUUGGUUUCUAGAUUCUUGUUUUUGUAUUAGUUUAGUUUUUCUCUUUUACCUUUCUUUAGAAUAUUGUGAUCUGAUAUUGAUGUACAAAUGCGAUUACCACUUCAAGUU